UCAGAGACGUUUGAAAAGAAAAGAAAAAAAACUCUGUGGGUGAAAAACGCAGCGAAAAAGGAGGAAACGGGCCAAAAAUUAUUCAAUCCGCCUCGCAAGAGCAAAAGUCGAUUCAAUUUGAGGAGUCGCUGCAUUCCGUCAGUGUUUGAAAAUACUUUUACACCCGUUCCUGGACGUGGGAACUAGAUUGGUUCCAAAGGAGUUGGGAAGCAGCAAAAAAAAAAGGGUUCCUUUGAAGCGAAUAGAAAAUGGCACGCUCCGCCAGUCCGGGAGGCUUUUCCAACUACGAGGACGAUGCAUUGUACCAGAACGCCGCCUUUACGCACGACAUCAGCGAGCAGAUGCGCGUUCCGAAGCGGAUCCGGGCCACGGGCGGCUCCUACUUUGACGACGAGCCGGAACUGCUGUCGAACGGGAACGGGGAGAUUAACUCGUGGAAUUACCAUAAUAAAAUCGAGAUGAACGUUCCGGACCGGAUUGUGGUCCUCGGACAGGAUCAGCACCUAGUUCUCACGUCAGGCACGAAAUCUGCCCCGCGCGAAAUCAUGCUGGAGAACUCCAUCCUGCCGAAGGAUCCGGGCUUUGUGCGGGUGUCGACGCCGCCGAGGGUCAUCACGCUGUCCGAGCACCACUUUCCGUCCGCUUCGGAUGAACUCGAGGACGAGGACAGGGAUCUGACGAUGAGGGGGGAUGGCGGCGGCGAUGACGAUGAUUACGAACCGCGCUCGCUGGACUCGAUGCUCGGGGCAGAGGCCGUUGGAGGUGGAGGUGGAAGUGUUGGCAAAGGGGGACCACGUCAACGGCAGCAGCAGCAGCAGCGGUUCGGUGCGGGAAGAGGCGUCAACGGGGAGCUGCAGCGGAAGACGGCCUUCGCCAAGCACAACAGUUCCGAGCUGGUGCUCGGAAGGAGUUUCCGCGAGGAGACGCCCACGUUCGGCGGCAGCGUCGAAAAUCUAACGCCGGCCGAGGAGAUGACCCACAUGCGGCGCACGGUGGCCAAGAUCAACCGGCGGCUGCUGGCCGUCGAGAUUGACAACGCGCAGCGGCAGCAGCGUGAAAAGAUCAUUUACUGCGUCGGGCUCGCUUAUUUGCUACUUAAGACGUUCAUGUGGCUCAGUCGGAAGUAAGAACACACACAAAACGCUGUUUAACCAAUUAUUACAAAACAAAAAAUGAAAAGAAAUGCUAGUUUUUAAUACUGUAAGAUAACAACCAAACCUUAAAACAAAGGCAGAGAGGAGAAAAAAUGUUACAAAAAAAAAAAUUAAAAAGCAAAGCAAAAGUUAUUCUUCAACUAGUUAAACAAACAAAAACAUACGCCGGCUUUGGGUUUGCACCACGUCACGAUUUUCUCCGUUUUCCGUUGGGAAGCCCCUUCCGUUUAGAUUUGUUGUAACACCUGUCUGUAGAAAUAAAUUGUAAUUUUAUUUGCGAAUUUUAGGUGAGAGAGUUUUCAAAUUGGGUCGCACAUUUCUCUUGAAACUAAUUUAUUAAAAUUCUUUUCAAAAAUAGUACGUCAAUAGAUUUUAGGCAAACAAUAAAUAUGUGCGCAGAUAAAUUAUAACACAAACAAAAUAGUACAGAUGAGUACGUAGAUCGCAGAUCGACAAAUAUUCCCCCGUUAGCCUCCGAAAUAUUGAAACAAACCCCCGACAAACUGCAUUCAACAAGGAAGCUGAUGUUUCGAGUCAUACUAGAAUUGUGUAAUUAGUUUUUAUUGCUAAGAAUAAAGUUUACAAUAAACCUAGAAA